CAGCAAAGAAAAAUCAAAUGAUUUCUUGGGUUUUUUAAGCUUGUCUGGGUGAACCAAAAUACUGGUUCCGCUACACAGAAAAAUUUGGAAAAAAAAAAAUUGCGAGAGAAUAAUCAAGACUUCGAGAAGAAAAGCAAGGAAAGAACUUUGUCAAAAUGAUGACGUGAAUGUCCAUCCCCACUACCUAAAACAUCAUAUUCACUGGACCACCAUUGCAAAUUUGGAUCUGCCAAACUCGUCGGAGGUUAUCUUAACUUAAUAUUUAAUUAACCUUUCCUCUGCUUUCACUUUCUCCUUUGUGCUUCUCUAGUGCUUGUCAAAAGCCUUCUUAUUCUAUGUUUGUUACUAUUAUUUUUUGUUGUUGGUAUUAUUAAGUUUUUGUUUUGGGGGCGAAGUUCUCCGAAAUGGGGCGUGUAGAAGGGAUUCUCAUUGCUGGGAUGCUCUUGGUUCUCCUUAAUUCAUAGUGGAUGCAAGUAUAAUUGUGUUUUUAACUUAUUGUGAGGACACUUGUAUGAGGUUCUGCAGGUGGGUUUCUUUUCUUUUCUUUUGUUUUUGCUUUUUUGUUGGCGAUAAUUAAAUGGGUAAUGUGAAUGCAAGAGAAGAUGGCCGUAGUAGCCCAUCUGGCGCUGAGGAAGGUGGUUGUAGUGAUAGUUUGGAGCAAGGUAUUGCAGCACCAGUAGAAGCUCAUGGUGUCUCUGUUUCUCCUUCUGACUUGAUGGGUCAGACCACUCCUCAUAGCCCAAGCGCCACCAAAUCACCCCUGAUGUUCACUCCUGAAGCCCCUGUGGUUCCAUUACAAAGACCUGAUGAGAUGUAUGUUUCGAGCCAUUCAUGGAUGCAAACUGCUUCAGGGUAUGAAGACAUGUGCAGUGAGCAAGGAAUUCCAACAAUGAUUACAUGGAGCUAUGAUGGCAAGGAAGUAGCUGUGGAGGGGUCAUGGGAUAAUUGGAGGACAAGAAUACACCUGCAGAGAUCAGGAAAAGACUUCAUUAUAAUGAAAGUUCUACCAUCUGGUGUUUACCAGUACAGGUUUGUUGUUGAUGGACAGUGGAGGUAUGCCCCUGACUUGCCCUGGGCCCAAGCCCAAGAUGAGGCAGGCAACGCUUACAACGUUUUGGACCUGCAGGAGUAUGUUCCUGAAAACAUUGAAAGCAUUUCCAGUUUUGAACCUCCUCAAUCCCCAGAAUCAAGUUAUAACAGUUUGCCACUCGGAUCUGAAGAUUUUGCAAAGGAGCCACCAUUGGUGCCUCCACACUUACAGAUGACUCUGCUCAACGUUCCUGCAUCGAACAUGGAGAUUCCGCCUCCUUUGUCAAGACCUCAACAUGUUGUGCUUAAUCAUCUUUACAUGCAGAAAGGGAAGAGUGGGCCGUCUGUUGUAGCACUUGGGACAACUAAUAGGUUUCUAGCCAAAUAUGUGACGGUGGUUCUCUAUAAGUCUUGCAGUGGUAAACAUACAUUACAUCUAUGUCAACAUCUGUAAUCCUAAA